AUGAAUAAUAGAAUUGUAAUUUUAAAAUUAAAUGAUAAUGAUAAUAAUAAUUAUGAAACUAUUGAAUUUAAAAUAGAUGAAUAUCCAAUACAAUCACUUGAAAAUAAAAUAUGUGGAAGAGAACAUGAUUCACUUGUUUAUGGAAAUGAUGUUAAUGAAAAACUUUCUAAUUUUUUAGGAAUUUCAGUUAAAGUUAUAAGAAGAAAACCUUUUAAUAAUAAUAAUAUUAAUAUUAAUAAUAAUUUAAAUAAUUCAAAUAAUUCUAAAAAUAUUGAAUUAAAUAAUUUAAAUAAUUGUAAAAAUCAAUCAUCAUAUUCAAAUGAAGGUAAUAAGGGAUUAUUUUUAGUAUUAAAUAAAUCAUCAUUAAUAGAUUUAAAUAAAAGAUUAGGAUUGAAUGAUAUAACAAAUAUAGAAUGGUUAAUAGAUAGAAUGAGACCAAAUAUAGUAAUUGAAGGAUUAGAAGAAUAUGAAGAAGAUGAAAUUAAAUCUAUUUAUAUUAAUAAUAUUCCCUUUCAAAUUAAUUCACAAUGUUCACGUUGUACAAUGAUUUGUAUAAAUCCAAAUACUUUAAUACAAGAAGAAGAACCUUUAAGAACUUUAUAUUCUUAUAGAAGAUUUGGAAAUGGUGUUUUAUUUGGUGUUUAUGCUAGUCCAUUCACCACCACAAAUCAAUAUUCAAUUCAAUUAAAUUUUAAUAAUACUAAUAAUAAUGAAUAA